AUGUCCAUAAAAUGGAGAAAUGACAGAUGUCAGCCGAAUUUCUGGCAGAACGUUUCGCCUGAUCCAUCGUCUUCAUGCGGUCCUUAUCGCCCGAUCAUGAUGCAGAGAAGAAACUUCAAUGUUUAUUCGCGAGCAGCAAGACAUAUUGACAGGUUUAACCAUGACACGCUAGGAAUGGUAGUGGUUGAUUCAACAGGGAAUGUAAGUGCUGGCACCUCUACUAAUGGAGCUCGAUACAAGUUAAAUGAUUCGGUAUUUCAGAUUCCCGGCAGAGUUGGAGACUCGCCAAUUCCGGGCGCAGGAGCAUAUGCUGUUGAAGGUGUAGGUGGUGCUGCUGCUACUGGAGAUGGUGACAUACUCCUGCGCUUUUUGCCUAGCUUCUACAUUGUCGAACAAAUGCGCCAAGGUACAAAACCCUUCAAAGCAGCUCAUAAGGCCAUUCGACGCAUACUUCAGUACUAUCCUCAUUUCCAAGGUGCUGUAGUGGCGGCUAACUCGGCCGGUACCUAUGGAGCGGCAUGUGCAAAUUUAAGUUCUGGGAAAUUCAUGUUUUCCGUUGGAGAAGCUGGAAAAACUCGAUCUGAAACCAUUGCGUGCUUGCCAGGAAAACCAUCUCAAGAACCAAAAUUGCCACAUGGAAAAAGGCGCCGUCAACGACAGAAUUGA